AUGUCCAUAUCCACGUCUCCAGGAUUCCAUCUUCCAGAGGAGAUCCUGUCGCUUGUUUUGGACCACUUUCGAGUACCCACCGCGAAGGAGAUUGGCGAAUUGCGUGAUCCAGACUUUGGCCGCCUCAGUGAGCACGAUUGUCAGCUGAAGCAGCAUCUUGCGACCUUGUCGAGUCUCAAUCAGGUGUCGAAAGCUCUCAAUCGCAUCACGAGGCCGCUCUUGUACUCUAUUUUUCCUGGGUUCCGAGUAGUCAACGCCAGACUUUUCGUCAAGGCUCUUGCGAGGAAUACUGAGCUUGGCGGACAUGUUCAGCAAAUCGUCAUCGACAAAUGGGAGCAUGUUGCCUUCACCGACGAUCAUGGCGCCCACGGUAUCGAUCGUUCAUACUUGUCUCUCGAAGCACAAUGCCAUCAGUAUGUUCGAGACCUGCGCAAAGUCUCUUGCUAUCCAAUGGGGCUAGGAUCGCCAGUUGGCUCUGAGCUCGAGAGCGGGAGAGCAGAUGUUGUCAUCACAAUGCUGAUGGCCCUCUGUACCAACAUUACCGCUAUCGAAACUUCCGUUCCAUGUCUGCCUGCGGAAGCGCACAGGCACGCGCUCCUGCGAGCCCAGUCUCUGUGGUUCUUGCUAGACAAUAUGGUUUGGAGGAGAUGGUCUAACGGCUCUGAUAGGCGCUAUAGAUCUGUUCGAGAACUGUCUAUUCGACUGGAGCGUCAGUCAGGCGCCUUUGGUGUGCUGUUCAGCAAAACAAUGCUCGAAAUGCCAAGACUGGAAUCAUUUUCUGCCCAGAGAUUGAACUGCGUAAAGUUGCUUACACCGCACCCAAUGGAUGUUCACUUCACACACCGAGAUCCAUGGCCGGGUCUGAAGCGAAUCGAAUUACGAGAGUGUCGCAUUGAGAAUGCAAGUCUUGGUGCACUGCUCUUGCGUGCGCCGAAUCUCCGUGUUUUGGAUAUCCAGUGGCCUGUCCAGCAACAUCGUCUUCAUUUUGGCAUUAUAGGCGAAUUUCUCACUAGCCGAGGAGACAAUCUGGAAGUAGUAAGAUUAGACUCGAGACAGAAUAUCUGCCCACCAUUUGAAGGCGAUACCAGACCCUCCGAUCUGGCAAGAACCGAAGCAAUCGACGCUCCACUGGGAUGCUUGCACGAGAUGGAGAACUUGAAACAUCUGGCUGCAACUCCAGCUGCCCUCUUCGGUUGCCAUUUUGAUGUGAAUCAUGACAUUUUAAAGAAUUGUCUACCAGUGAGCGUCCAGGAGUUGACAAUUCUUGAACCGCAGCAACAAGGCAAUGAGGAUGCGUAUCGAGACCCGAUACCGCAUCACGAUAUCACGGCCUUCCUCGAACAUGCAAUAGAGGAGGAUCUCCCCCUCCGCAAGAUCAACAUUCACGGCUCGAGAGAGGGCUGGAAAGUGUUUGAUAAUCAAAACUGGUCGAGAUCAGCGGCUGAAGUCUCCUCGCAUCCGCCAUUCGCACGUGAGAGUUCUGGAACCGUACAAAGGACAUUGCGAUUGGAUUCGAUUCUAUUCGCCUGUCUAUCUGCCAAAGUACUUCUGAUGCAAGACGAUCAUCUGCACUGGACUUAUCUUGGCACUGGGAUAGGUUUCAUUCGUCCGAUCGUGAAUACGAGGUCCAAGAGUCUGUAUGCUUCCUUGAAAGCACCUUCAAUCGACCUGAUUUCUAAAAGCAUCAAGAUUAUUCUCAUUUGUGCGGUCUGCUUAUGGGAAUGA